AUCAGCAAAUAGAUGAACCACUAGAAGAAUUAGAUCUGUACUUAUCUUCACCUUCAUGGUCAUUAAAUAGAUGUCAGUUCCCUACUUUAGCAAAAAUAGCUUGUAAUUAUCUAGCUAUUCAAGGAACUAGUAUUCCUUGUGAAGAGAUAUUCUCUGUAGUAGCAGGAACAAUAACAAAAAUUAGAAAUCAUCUUCUUCCUGAAACAGCUUGUGCUUUGCUUUAUAUGAAAAGCUAUAUAGAGCAGAAUAUUUUGGAAUAG